AUGGCUGUCGUACUCCCCAACCCCCUUGUUGCCCCCUUCAUGCCAUCAGAAAUCACUUACUCCUCGGGACUCAUCCUCCCGACCAGCACCCCUUCCAAAGGCCGCUCUGUCUCUACCGAAUCGACUAGGUCCAAACGCUCGGGAGGGUCAUCCGAUGACCAAGAACCGAGGCCGGCUCUCGAUGGCUUUACAGAGUCCGACUUGCGCGCCGGCGGCCCCAGGCUCUGUGAAUCGCCCUGCUUCGCAGAUUACCGCAUUCCGUCGACCCAUGCCAUGUACAAGAAGUUGACCGACGAUAGGGCGCGCACGGCCCAAGCUGAAGCCCUCAAGAUUUGUGUCAAGGAAGGCUUGAACCGGCCUGAAGCCCGUUUCUGCCUUCGCCGUCCGACAUUCAGCCCUCAGAGUGCAGGCGUUCCCACCUUGUUGGUUGUUUCGCGGCGUGAUAACUAUCGGAGCCGGGGCUGGAUCUCUGUGGCACGCAAGUUACAGCAAUACCUGCAUAGCCAGGGAAUCACCCAAGUCGCCGUCGAGAUCAUGGAUCCAGCAUUUGGAGCAAACCCACACUUGUUCCCCGUCUCCAGCAGCCACCCGAUUUCUCAGCACUGGAAGUCUGUCGCAGAGGCGAUCAUUGGCGAAUUUGACCUUAGGGGUAUCUGCACUAUCAACUGUUUUCGGAUUGGAGCCAGCAGUCAGAUUGACCAAUGCCCUGUUACUGUCCUCGUGGGGAUCGACCAACAGGUGACUAGGGACUGGAGAAACGUACGCGAGGCAAUUCUUAUCAUCCUUGCCAGGUACAACCUGGCUGACGUGGGCGUGAUGAUCAGGAAGGACAGAGGGCUGUCCAGAAUGGCUGGCGAGCAAGCUCUCGCCGCUCUAACGCCUCACCAGCAGUGUACGACUGAAAUUGAUAUGGGAUACAGCCUGGCACCACGGAAAAUGCACCACGGGCAAGGUACUUUCGGGGGAUGGAUUCAAAUUCGCAACCCAAACACCGGUACAUGGGUAGAUCUAGGCAUCACCUGUUGCCAUUGCAUCUUUACCGACCUCAAGGAUGUGUCGGGUGCGGAAAGAGACGCGAUUCGUGCCUGGACGGAGAAUGGGGUUGCCUUUCGAGACCCCAACACAGCUAAAUACCUCAAUAUGGAUUCGCCAAGCAAGGGCAUCCUCAACUCUGGCCUUGAAGACCUCGACCGGAGAAUUCGCAGUCUCAGGGAGGACCAACGCUUCUCCAAAGUGGAGAAAGCAAAAGCUCGGGGUGAAUUCAUCAUUCCACGCGACGAGACAGCGUGGAAGACGCUCUCCGAUGCGAUCACUCCUCUGGAAAAACAACGCAAGGAGAUCGACCAGUUUUUUGUCAAGAAGCGAUACUACCUUGGGACCGUUUUCUACGCAUCUGGCCUAAAGGAAGUGCCCAUGAAAGUGCCCGCGAAAGGGAAACCAGCCCUUCAAAUCUGUGACUGGGCGUUGAUCCAGCCCUCCAAAGACCGCAAAAUUGGAUCGAAUCGGAUCCCGCCGCCUGCUCGUGCUCACGUCCCAUAUAAAAGACUCGCCGACGCCUCGGACUCAUUACCUGCGAAUAGACAGGAACUAGCCAAGAUUGGGCAAGCCACGGGCCUCACCGUAGGCUAUUACAGUCACCUGGACACUGUCCAUAUCGUCGAGCGCAUGGAAAAUGGCAAGAAAGUCUUCGUAUCGACCUAUGAACACUGCUUUAUGUCUUCCGAUCGGAAGCAUUCCCUGGUCGAGAGAGGUGAUUCCGGCUCGCUGGUUUUUGAAAAGGACACCGGCAUGGUUGUGGGGAUGCUCUUUGGGGGUUCGCAGAACGAGGAUGUUGGUUAUUUUACUUCCAUCAUCGACCUCUUUGAGCACAUCAAGAAGUCGACCGGGGCCAAUGAAAUCCGGAUCCAGCCUGGUCGUUGA